AAUUACUAGAUGAAAAAUUAAUGAGAAAACUCUCAUUAUUACCCCAUUAAUUGUACUAAUAAUUAACCGUUUUAAAGUCAACACAUGGAUAUCGCUCAAACGUUUGUAGACUCUUGAGCAAAUGAUGUUGCUAAAAAGUUGUGUCGUCGUAAUAUUCAUUUCAACAUUUAGAAAUUUAUUAUUAUGUGACGCUGAAGAAAUUAAGGUGGAAAACACUACCGUCACAAGUGGUACUGGAAAUCAUACAAAGAAAUUUUUGUUAAAAAUGCCUUUGAAAGAUUAUCGAAAUGCGACAAAAAAUGAAGUAAAAAAGGUAAAACUCAAAGAUGGAAGAUCUGCGACUGAACAUGACUUCGGAAGCAUGGACGGAUACUUGCUAAAGAUGAUUAGACUUUCCUCAGAACUUCCAACUAAGAAGUGCCCGGUCUUACUGGUCCACGGUAUGUUUCAGUCUUCUGACAGAUUUCUCAAUCAAGACAAGAGUCAGUCUCUAGCCUAUACACUUGAUGGUCUAGGAUACGAUGUGUGGUUAUUUAACGCACGCGGCAAUAAAUAUUGCCAAACUCACGCCACUUAUGCACCGCAUGCGCAUAAAUCCGAAUUUAACAAUUAUUCUUAUGAAGAAAUCGGCUGUUUCGACCUUGCUGCUGCUGUGGAUUAUAUUCUUAAAUUGACCACGUUUAAGAAGAUACAUUAUAUUGGCCAUUCGUUGGGAGGAACUUUCUUUUUGGUUCUGAAUUCCUUGGUGACCGACUACAAUGAAAAAUUUGACAGGGCGUUUUUAAUGGCUCCACUCGGGUAUCACACAACAAUUACUAACACGAAUCUCCAGAAAGACUUGGACGAUCCUACGUCGUUACAUGAAGCACUAAUAAAAGUAGACACGUAUGAAAUAUUCCCAUAUGAAGCUUACGGACCAAUCGAGGAUAUGGUCCCUGAUAACUGCCUCGGAGGAAAAACAUGGGAAAACAUUUGUAACGAAUUAAACAUUCAGAAAAUCAUGGGCAUAAAAUCAAACAACAAUACAAUAGCUGAGACGAGAGGUGGUUCUACCAAGAUAUUAAUUCAUUGGGCACAAAAUAUCAAGAAUAAAAAAUUUCAUCGCUGGGAUUUUGGGGAAUCAAAAAAUGUAGAAGAGUACGAUAGUAAAGAUCCUCCAGAAUAUCCGUUAAAGGCUAUCACUGUUAGAACUAAAAUUAUCUACUCGUCGGACGACGACAUGGUGAAAGACACGGAUGUACAAACGUUGGCUAAGCUAAUGAAGAAUGCCACAUGCAGGAAAGUGAAAAGGGCCAAUUUUAAACACGAUGAUUUUAUUGAUGGUGAAUAUGUCAUGGAAGAUGUCUAUAAUGGCAUUAUAAAAGAUUUAGAGUACCCAAAGCCUCUUGUUCCACGGGCUAAUGAGGUUAACACAAAAGAAACGGAAAGCAAAGCGAGUUUACCUGAUAUUCCUUGGUCGGCGCUACUCUCUUUGGUCGGGAUCUUACUAUUCAUGUUCAUAAGCUUAAUAAGUUGUUGUUGUAAGAAGAAAGAUACCAAUGGAGCUUGUGCUACUGAAGCAGGCCAACAAGCGAACGCAUAAAAUAUAAUACACAAAACUUUCCUUUGAAGUUAUCAACUUCUAUUGUUUUCUACUUGCUUGGUUUGCAUAUCUUUAAUCCAAUUUAAAAUUAACACGUUUGCUGCGUCAGAGUCAAAUCUGUGCUUACUACCAAUGUUAGGUAUACAAGUUAUGACUUCUACUAUGAUUACGACCUACAUUUUCCCGUAUCAUGUUUCGCCUUUCGAGAUUCCUAAAGACUUGUAUAUACAAAUAUAUUGCGUUGAAAAAAUAAUCAUUCUGCUCAAAAUACUAUAUCUAAGUGUGUAUAGGUACCGCUGCCGCGUGUCGUCGCCUAUUAAUAUUCUAAAAGUAAUAUUAUAGACGUUUUUCAAAAUUAUUAAUUUUACGGAAACACAUUUCUCUUGCCAUACAUAACAAUGAUGAGGAUGAAUCUAACGAUGUAUACUUGUGAAAUAUAGAUAAAAACUUUUUUGAAGAUGCUGUCAACUCUACGUAUGAUACUACUGCUAGUAGUAGUACUAUGAACAGUUUCCUGCCGAUCUGAAAAAUGAACCGUGUGAUGAAGCAUUUAUUUAAGCGCAAAUUGAGAAACUAACUAUUUGUUGGAUAACCCUCUGUACUCUGUAAACGAGUACAUGGAAUUGAUUUUGUUAUGUAAUUUUAUUAAUUAAUUAAUUAUAUCUUAUCAAACUGCACUCGGGACUUAAUCGAGUAUUUAAGUUUUAAAAUUUACCUCCGACGUGUCGAGGACGGCGUUGUCCCCGUGGUCUCGGAGAAGACUGGCUCUAGUUGACAUCAACAUCUUCUAGCCGCG